CAAGAGCAGUAUGCUGACCUCUGUUUUACUGUCGGUUUUCCACCGUGGAGACGCUUUAAUGUGAAAUAGUCAGAAAAUCUGCAUGCCAGCAGCCGUGGACGAAUACACUUUUAAAAAAAAGAACCAAUUAAGUUACACGGGGAGGACGACCCACCAUUACUAGACCGUUUGACACACACUGGGGGUCGUUUAACUUUAGUCUAUCAACCUAAGGAAGCAAAUCAAUCGGAAUUAUUACGGGUGAGAUUGUAAUUAUCUUAAUAUAUAUUUUAAUUGGCAAGCUUUCUAUCGGUUACUUUCACGUCUAGCACAACUCUGCAUGACAUAUCUUGACUAGAUUUUAAUACAUUUCCGCUGCAAGUAGGCUAACAUAGCGUUAGCUAUUCACUAAAAAAAACUUAUAAACAGUGUCCAUGCCCUAAAUACUGUGUAGACUUAACUGUUGUUUUCAUCAUUCAAACCUCUCUCGAGAACCGUGUUCAGGAACUGCCCUUCUGCACACCUUUGAGCAGCAGUAUGAGAUGAGACACUGAGACGACCCUACCAGAGCUAACAGGAUCAGACUGAAAGAAGAGGAAGUCUGUGGUCUGAAGUCUGUCCACAUGGCAGAGUCAGAGACAAAAUCUACUACACCAGGACCCAACUCACUGGAGUAUGUUACAGCACACAGUGGGGUCAAUGAUGUACACCACAUAGACACAGUACUGAUAAAAACAGAGACUGAUCUUGGCCCCACCAACACUGGGGAUCUCAUUAAGACAGAGAGCCUGGAUUUUACAAAGGUGGCAUAUGAAACCCAUCUGCACCCUGACCAAAUCAAAACUGAGGUUGAUGAUGGAGGCUACGAUGAGGCAGAACACUUCAAUGACUUGGAAGAUAUAAAAUGUGUAGUCAUUAAAUCUGAUGAAGUGAAGCUUGAAUCCAGUGAAAUGCUAGUGACUGAUCUCAUGGACACUGUGCUUUAUGAAGCUGGUGUUGAUUGCAAAGACCAGACAGAACAGACAGAACCAUGGCAAUGUCCAGGAGAGCCAAAUCCAAAUUCCACGGAACCAGGGGAAGAACAGUACGGUUCUACCCAGCAUGGAAGAUGCCUUAAUAAGCCCUCAAAAUUAAUCCAACAUGAUGAAAUCCAUACUGUUGAAAAGCCCCGCCAAUGCUCCCAGUGUGGGGAGUGUUUUUUAAGGAAAAGUGACUUAACCAUCCAUCGGAGAAUUCACAGAGGUGAAAAACGCUUCCAAUGCUCUCAAUGUGGCAAGUUUUUUGUUAAAAAAUCUACAUUAAGAACCCACUACAGACUUCAUACAGGUGAAAGGCCCUUCACGUGUAUUCACUGUGACAAGAGUUUUAUUGCAAAAGAUGCUUUCAAGCUCCAUCAGAGAAUUCAUUCAGGAGAACAGCCCUACACAUGUACUGAGUGCGGGAAGUGUUUCUUUCAAAAACAUCUUUUAAUCACCCAUCAGAGAAUUCAUACAGGUGAAAAGCCCUAUGGAUGUACUCAGUGUGGGAAGUGUUUCCGUUAUAAAUCUCAUUUAAAUAUUCACCAGAGAAGUCAUACAGGUGAAAGGCCCUACAUAUGCAUUCAGUGUGGGAAGAGUUUUGUUGCAAACUAUUCAUUAAAGCUCCAUCAGAGAAUGCAUACAGGAGAAAAGCCUUUUGAAUGCUCUCAGUGUGGGAAGCGUUUUAGUGCAGCAUCUGCCUUGCAUAAACACCUGAGAACUCAUACAGGUGAAAAGCCGUACAAGUGUACUGAGUGUGGGAAGUGUUUCGUUACUAAAGAUAAUUUAAGUACCCACCAAAGAAUUCAUACAGGAGAAAAGCCCUACACCUGUACUCAGUGUGGGAAGUGUUUUUUAAGGAAAAGUGAUUUAAAAAUGCAUCAGAGAAUGCAUACAGGAGAAAAGCCCUACACCUGUACUCAGUGUGGGAAGUGCUUCCUAAGGAAAAGGGAAUUAAACAGCCAUCAAAUAAUGCAUACAAGCGAAAAGCCACACAAAUAAUUCCCUCUCGGCCUAUCUCCCUCAUGUUCUCUGUGUGACAUCUCAAUGUUGGUCAGAGAAAUUGCAUGCAGGUAUGUGUGUGUUUUUUUUUUUUCUCUUGGUCACACACAUUGCCAGCCCUGUGGCCUUUAACCGACUUCAACUCUCGUCUCGAGGAUAUGCGACUCGUGUUAUCCCCAUGCUAACAUCUGCCUGCUCUCCAUCAAGGUAUCAGCACAGAUCUCUGAUAACAUGCUACAGCCAUGUAUAAUGCCUACUGUACGUCAAACAACAUGCUCACCGCUGGGUAGAUUGUGGAUUCUCAAAGGUUUGAGUCUUAAACAAUCUUAGAGGACUGCACUGUAAAGUGUAUUGGAAUAUUAAGGUUAGAGGCAAUAUACUUAUUUAGCACUUUUCUAAAGCAUGCUUUACUUCCAACAUCUCCAUGUGUCCUAUUUAAGACCACAUAUCUUGUAUCACUCUUUCAACAUAGCUUGCCCAUCAACUGUGUUUGUACGUAGCAUACAGUUUCUACACUAGUGUGAUUAAUUGAUAGAUCCUGCAUUAAAGUGUAUAUUGUAGAGUAUAGAGUGUAUAUUGUUAUGAUCUCAUGAUCUCAAUUAAAGCCAUGUGCAUUCCCGCUCACUCAAUGUCUCACCCACAAACUACUUUGAUCCUCACUGGAGGAAUACGCUGCAAUGCUCCCAAUUUCUUAUAUGCUGAUCGCAUCUACUGGCUAAAAGUGGUAUUUUGCUGUUAGGCUAAUUGAUGAUACAUUCUUGAUUCUCCAUCUUCUACAGUUUAUGUUCUCAACCAAAGGUUUUAUUUUUUAUAGCUAGUAUGCAUAACGAUGCAUGAUUUAACCGUGCUCACUAUAAUACAUUAAUCUGGCUAGAGCUAGAAAUGUCUAACGUUAAAGAAUGUGGUAGCAUAGGGUGUUAGCAUGUAAACUGACAAGUCUGUAUAGAGUAUGUAAUGUCACAGUUUAGGUAAACACCAUACAUUUAGCUGAUAUGGGUAGAAUGGCUGUUGUUAGGUCUAACAGUUACGCACUAGCCACACUGUACGUUACUCAUACAAAUGAAUGAAACGCAUUGGUAUUGGCUAGAUGAACAAGACAAACCAAUUUAUCAUCGUGCUAACUACCUGGCUAACAUAAUUUGGAUAACACACACAAAGUAAUUAUGAAAGGGAACAUUUAUUAGACUUAUAAGAUCAUCAAAUCACGAUCCUCGGGGGCCGAGAACUGUUUGUUUUCCGCCUUUCCUUUACCUGGGAGUCAGGUGUGAAGAUCUGGCCAAUCAGUGGCACUAAUUGUUCCGUUACUUACCCAGGAGGAAAGAAAACCAGAUUUGCGGAUUCCCGCUUCAGCGGCCUCCUGCUCUCUUGCAGUGCAGUAGUGGCACAAGAUGACCAGCAGGGGGAGAAAGUAAGCAGAUUUAUAGGCGGACUAAAGUCCGCCUCUCCUCUCUCUGUGAGAUACUCAGCACUGUCCUCUAGCUCCUCUCUUCAAUAGCCCAUGGUAGUAGCUAAAUUGUUCACUAAGUGGCCCAUGUAUAUCUGCUCACACUGCUCCGUUGAUACACAAGGCCUUAUUUCCUUCUUUUUUUAUUGCCUGGCUCUCAUCUACUGACAUGUGGAGUAUGUGGAUUCUGUGUCCAGAAGUGUAUAUGAUAUCAUGUGUGACAACCAAAGAAAUGGUAUUCCAUUAGCCAAUGCAUUGUGAAAUUAUAAAUCAUUUCAUAACUGCACGCAACUACAGUAUACAUGCCAAACUCUAGUUCUACAGCUUUUAAUGCAAAUUUGUAACAAACAAGCUAAAGUACAUACAGUUCAUAUUUGUAUGGCACUGGAAUAACAAUCAAUGUUCAUGACACUACAUAACAUUCAAAAUCACUCCUUGUCCUGCUUGCAUAUCAAGCUUAAAGAUCAUAAGGUUUUUAAAAUAGUGCUACCCUUUGGUCAUGCUCCAGAUCAAAACCCUAUUCGAUGUUCGUUUUAUUGAAAACGCAGCUGCUUCUGUGAUGUAUAUUGACAAUUAAAAUGGAAGGGGCUUUUCAAGCCAAUCUGAAGAAGUCUGUUCUGAUGUUAUUGUACGUUAAGAGUUUUUACGUUAUAUUCUUAGGCCUCCUUCCUAGGCCUCUCAAGAAACAGGUAUAGCAUUAAUCUCUCAGUCCAAGGAAAGAACAACAGGAAGUUUGAGAUAUUGCAUGCAUGCAUGUGUGUGUGUCACUCCUAAAUGCGCCAUCCUGGGCAGGGAGAGAUUGCCUGGAGGUGCCACGUCGUCUCGGACACUAUAUCAAGACUAAAUAAUUGUUUCUGAUUUAACAUUUAUGUAAUGCUGAAGGUUAGAGGUUGAUGUGUGCUCAUGCAUGCUAUAAGAUUAGAUACAAUAAAUCAUUUUCAUCUCUGUUAUAUUUUACCAAAUGCUUAUGUUUCAGCCGCGUCCGAAUCAGGUGUAGGAUUAUACAGGUUUUUUCGUAAAUUAUUUGUAACUAUAUGAAGGUGUGGACUGCCCCACCUUUUAGUUCAUGUUUGUCAAUGUUAUUGUGUGUUACGUCCUGAACUCUUUCUGCAAAAAAUAAAUAAAUUCAAAUUCUUGGAAA